AUGUCUUCUAGAUUCUUCCAUGGUAUUCCUAGUCAAUUGGAGGACUGAGGAGAAGCUUCGUCACCUGUUUCUGUCUUGUUUAAUUCUAGACCCUUCCUCCCUCCAAAGUGGACCGAACAAACCAGAUUCAGCCUCCUGUAGCCUACCUAUUUCUUCCAUCUCUCAGAUCCGUCAUCUCGCUUAGUGGCUUCCAAAUAGCAGCUUCUUCCAUGGCUAGAUACGGUGAGGGCGACAAGCGCUGGAUUGUGGAGGAGAGACUUGAUGGCACCAACGUUCACAAUUGGCACUGGGCCGAAACUGACUGUCUCCAAUGGUCUCGCAACUUCUUCAAUGACCUUCUGUCCAACGUCGUCCUUCUUAACGGCGAGGCUGAUUUGUUCAUCAAGACCAAGAAAGUCGACAGGCUCGAUGGAGAGGCCUACGUUAACAUUCGCAAGGGUAAAAUCAUACCCGGCUAUGAGAUCAGCCUCACCCUGUCUUGGGAAGGAGAAGCUAAAGAUUCCGACGGCAAAUCCUUGCUUAAGGUCAAUGGCACAGUGGAGAUCCCUUAUAUAUCCGACGAGAACGCAGAUGAAGACCCCGAGCUCAAGGUCUCUGUUAAGGACGAAGGACCCGUUGCGAAGAGGCUGAAGGAGGCAAUGCUUUCCAAGGGGAAGCCCUUGAUUUUGGAGAGAGUUAAGGUUUGGGUGCAAAGCAUGGCGAAAGGAGGACCGGUCCAAGACAACCUCGAGAAAAAGAAAGUAACGCCUCAGAAUCAUGCUUCGUCCCCUGCCGAAGCUACGGCGAAGAAUAAGAAUGCGGUGGAGAAGCAUGAAGUGACGAAAGAAAGUAAGAAGGGGUGUAAAACAAUUAACUUAACGGAGAAAUUAAAUUGCAGGGCAAGCGAUUUGUAUGAGAUAUUGAUGGAUGAGAAUAGGUGGAAAGGUUUCACGCAGAGCAAUGCUAUGAUAAGUAAAGAAGUUGGGGGGGAGUUUAGCAUUUUUGAUGGGUCUGUGAAAGGAACUAAUGUGGAGUUGCAGGAAGCUAAAUUGAUUGUGCAAAAAUGGAGGUUUGAGAGUUGGCCGGAUGGUGUGCAGUCUCUGGUAAGACUUGUGUUUGAGGAGCCUGAACCAGGAGUGACAGUUAUCAAGCUGACACAUACUGAUGUUCCCAUCGAAGAUAGAUAUGGCAACGCAACCGUGGUGGAGAACACAGAGAGGGGAUGGCGGGAUCUCAUUUUCCAAAGGAUAAAGACUGUCUUUGGCUUUGGAAUGUAGCAUUUUCGUUUUCCGGUUGUAUUUCCAUGUUCUUAUCUUUCUUUUACAGAAAAAAAAAUUAAGGAUUCUAAUCCAUUCAAUAAAAGAUGAAUGGAUUGGCAUCGGAAUUGCGAACUACCACAAUCCUGGUUAAUGCUGCCAGAGCCUAUGAAAAUUGUUUUCUGCUUCCAUGCACAUUGUUUCUGAUUUAGUUAACUUGGGUAAGUUUGGUUCGAUUUAAACGAGAUUCUGUAGAAGUUUCAACUGUCGUCAAUGACUCUAUCAUAUGUGUCCAGCUAAAGAGUGUUCUCUUUUUAUUUAAAAAAAAAACGAUGAUACCAUCAGAAAAACGUAGCUCUGACGUAAGGUUUAGCUUGUCCUCAGAAAAUUAGAUUGACAAGCUUCUGUGAUUGUGGGUAUUAAAGCUCCCUAUCUGUCAAUCUGAUGCUGUGAGAUUCUAACUGAAGGUAAACACGCAUUAAAAUAUUUGCAGAGGAGAAAAAUUGGCUGACGUUUUUGCAAGUGACAUUCCACAAAUCCCAAAUUUGUGAAUGAUGUUUGAUGAUCAUUUCAAGGACUGGUUUAAGGAUCUCUCUAAUACUAAUGGUGCCAAGGGUUUGACAAAUGAGGCAAACAAGAUGAUUGAGAGGAGAUGGGUGCCUUGACAAUUGACAGUGUCUUUUUCCUGCAAGAUAACUUGUCAAUCUUUCCCCAGAAGAACUGAGGUGGGGAGUAUAUAUCCUUUAGAAGUCUAACAUAGUGAAAAUGUUUAUUAUUGAGAGGUCUCCAGCAACGUUGAAAAUUGGAAUCCUCCAGCAUCUUUAGAUUCAAUAAUCAAUAACGCACAUGAUCUCUCAAA